CCGAGAAACCUCGAGCACAGAUGGAGCACGACGGGAAACCGAGAGACGAGCCCCUGUGGAAGCGGCGAGAAGCAUCCUCUGAAAUAGAAACAUAAGCUGCCCCCUUCUGCAGCAGAAACGGGAAAACGGACGCAAGAAAAAAAGCAACAACAAAACCGACAGUCAGUGUCAUGCUGCUUUCGCGUUUAAUAAAAUCACGGAAGAGUCAGGGAAGGUUGUGAGUGAGUGAGGGGGUGGAUCUUUGCAGAGAAUGAAAUCCAAGGCGCUUGUUGUCCCAAGUGAAUUGAUUUGAAGAGCUUGCAGAGACACAGAGCGACCGGGAUGCCGCCCAACAUCGCUCCUCCUAUUCAUCCGCGAGGUUAAGUUUUCCUGAUCACCCUCCUUCUGUGUGAGUGUGUGUCUGAGUGUGUGUCUGAGUGUGUGUCUGAGUGUGUUAUGGCAUCUGUGAUGGACGAUUCCUACCGUAAGGUGCUGUUGCUAGGGGCCAUCGCUGCAGCGUCAGCCUUUGUGGUCACCAUCGUCAUCGUGGUGGUUUGUGUGGGCUGCCAAAGGAAAAACAAGACCAAGCAUCCUCCGGCCAAUGGAGAGAAGGGCUCCUCAGUAGACCUGGGUGCUCUCCAUCAGCCCAAGAACAGCUCCAUCAGUAAAUCUGACACUAGGCUGCAUGAGAUCAACCGCUUGCCCCGCAACGGCAACAGUGGGGGUAAGAACCGUCCUGCCAGUAUGGACCUUCUCCUCCUCCACAGCCAUCGCUCCACCUCUGACCUCCGCCCCCCCCUUGUCCGCCAGCUCCCCCAGAUCCCCACCAGCCCCGAGGGGGAGGGAGACAUCCAGAGGGGAGGAGAAGAGGGGGUCAGAGACCCCACCUACACUGAGGUGGGGAUCCGGAACUCACCCAUCCGCUGCUUUGACAAUGGGCUGUACGAGAGUGUAGGGGUUAGAGAGGUUGACACGGUGCCCCCAGCUCCCCCACCCACAUCAGCCAACACCCCAGCAACACCGAGGACCUCAAAGAGCCCCAACGGGACCCGCACUGACGAUGUCCUCAAUGGGAACAGAAACACGAAUGGGAAUGGAAAUGCCAGAGGAGCUGUUAAUGGGAGCAGCAGAGGAGGGAAGGGGCCCAACGGUGCUAACGGAUCGGCCCUGGCCCCCCAGGACCCCGUAACGGCAGAGUACGCCUCCAUACGGAAGGUAAAGAAGGUGGACGAGGCAACCAAGAAGGAGAACGUGAAUGCAGAGUCAGAUGGCCAAUCAAGUGUGGGAGAGUCACCCUCUGCCCCGCCCCCUCCACUGCCCCGCAGCCAGGAGUUUCUACAGAAACAGCUGUGUCCAUUCCACCUGCACGUCUUCCCGAAGGAGGCAGUGUUCAUGGGGAACGGAGAGCAGUACAUCUGGAAGCCCCCAGAGGACAAUGACAUCAUCGCCUUGCACCCAGCGCCUAUACCCCCGGGGGAGAAUGGACAGGGAUACACACCCACAGCCAUGGAGAUUUCUGACACCUACUCCACUGUGUGUAAAACCCAGAAGAAGAAACCUCCCCCGGACAACAAUGGAGCCAAUGCCCUCCCCCAAAACCAGUGCUCUGUGGAGGAGAAUGGAGGACGUGGGGGAGGAGGAGGAGGAGGGAAUGGGGCGUGGGUCGGUUCCGGGGGAGGGGUGAGGAGUCGUGGCCGGGGGAUCCAGGGUGGUCAGGCCCGAUCCCACGAGGAGCCCUGCUACGCGCCAGUUGGCGACAGGACCUGGCCCGCCUGUGUGGUAGCCAAGUCUGCCCCGGCGUACGCCACUAUAGACUCCCGGAAACGUGAGCCUGCAGGUACCAAUAUUGGUGUAAUGGGGUCAAACGCCACACUGAAGCCCAAGAAGAAGCCUCCUCAGCAGGAAGCGCCGUCUCCAGGGGCCCCGGGCCCCCAGGGACCUCCAGCAGGUCCCCCAGCUCCUCUAACCAAGGCCCUGCCUGGGGGGGAGAACUUCUAUGAGACCAUCAGUGAUGUAAAACAGGGUGCUAACACAGCCAGCACCACCACCAUCUUCACCUUCAACGACGGGAUGGAGAUGUACGUCACUGGCCUGUAGCUGAGAGACACUGGCUCACACACUGUGGGGAUCAGACCUGUUUGGGUUCUUCUGACCCUGUCUACACCUGGUAUGAGCUAUGAAAGGGAUUGGCAACAAUGCAUAUAGCAAUGAGACCCACUGGUGAAACCAAGCAUCGGAAGUCACUUCCAUAAUACAAUGUCUCCAGUGAUAUGAUUGUGGCCACAUCCAGUGACAAAAGAAGAAGACAAUGUUUGGAGGUGGAUGUGGAGGCAUUCACCAGGUUUAGACAAGGUCUCUGACCCAGGGGCAGACACCAGACCCAACCAGUGGUGGAAAUGGACUUUUUGGUUCACUGACUGGGGGAUUCCAGAUAGGGUUUCCAGUGCCUGUCGUAGCUUUGAAAUGAACCCAGUUCCAGGGGUUCCUCCUCAUUUACACCACUGGACCAACAGAACCAGAACUACUCUACGUCUUUGAGAUGUAUCACAGAGCCAGUCUGGCUAACCCAGUCUGGCUAACCCAGUCUGGCUAACCCGAGCCUGAAUCAUUCGAGCCAGACUCAAACAACUGGUCCAACAAGACAAGACUGAGCAUCACGUUUUGCACUGGAUAACAGUGUCACUAUUCACUUUACCUUACCUUACACACCCAUUUGUGUGACAUUUGACAUAUAUAUUUAUUUUUGUAUAAAGAUGGUACCCUUAAUAAAGCAUGCCCUGUACAGAACGCACGACAUGAUAACACGCAAUCACAGAUACAUGUGCAAACACACACACACACACACACACACACACACACACACACACACACACACACACACACACACACACACACACACACACACACACACACACACACACACACACACACACACACACACACACACACACACACUGUAGGAAAACAUUGUUGUGCAUGAAAACACACAUUCUCACAAAGAUGACAGAGGAAAAAAGUGUGGAAGACACCCGGGUGGCUUCACUUAGAAGUCCCCACUCCCUGAUGACAUAAUCGAUGGUGUCACUGGUAGCUUCACUUAGAAGACUACUGACUAACUACAUUAGGGGUCUUUUUCUACGGCAAUACAGGGGUAAUACAGGCCUACUUCAAACAUUUUAUAUAUUUUUUGUUAAUAAUUCUUAUUAAAUACAUUUCGAUUGAUCAGGUAGCACCCCUACUUCACACGGCUAUGUUUAUAUUGUUCCUUUCUGUUCCUGUUUAAAUAUAUAUAUUUUCUUUACAUUUAGCUCAACAUUAAAUGACUUCACCAAUCAGUGCGGAUGGAGCGGGCAAGCUAUUUACAUGCAUUGGACAGACGAGUGUUGAGCACAAUAUGCGACUGAAAUUUGGCCAGUGGGGAGUGAGCGAGAGAGGGUGAAGAAGGCUUGGCUUGAUGAGCUGGGCAUUUUGUUGUUAUGAUAUGCAUUAUCGGAAUUAGGGCCACAAAAUUAUACUUACGGAGGAGUGGCUUGAAGGAACUUAGAAUGUCUUUGAGCUUCAGAGAGUUGGCUUAAUGUUGGACCAGCUAGCUAGCUAACUAACAAGCUUCUGUGUGCAGAGCGGCACCAGAAUGAAAAGACGAACAUGUCUUACCUUUUUGUGGUUAAUAAAUGUGAAAAGUGAUAAUUAUAGUAUCCUUAACUAGCAUUGAAAAGGUUCAUCGAUUCUUCUCUAAUAAAAACAUCUCUCUCUAAUUUCUGAAUCAUGCUUGUAACAUCAGUAGACUACUAGACUAUACUUCGGAGGGGGAAGGACAGGUUGCCUACACAUGCACACACACUGGCAAAGAUUUUCAGCUGGCAGAAAGACGUUUCGAGUGACAUAGUGAGGGCUGCAUAGGCGCUUUGUUGCGUUUUUUUGUGGGAAUGUAAAAGAAAUGCCCGGAACGUAAGAUAACAUUAUUAACCAGUUCCCAUACUUUUAAAAUAACAGUUCUGUUCCGGAAUAGUAUAUAUUGCAGUUGUGAUUCUGUACAUCUAAAUGUUUAGUUAUUUUACAGGUUUUUGGUUGUGUUCUCUGAACCGUUUCCAACCCCUGACGGUAACAUACUCUAACCUGGACGAGGCGCUCUCGUCUCAAACUCAACACUCUCCUGUACAACUUUUCCUGUUUGGUGUUCAAGGUAGAAAUUGCCCCUAACCACAGAUCUACAGUCCAUACAUACAGUACGCUGAAGAUGUCUUGUAGCUGUACGUGGCUUUGGAUGAAAACGGUAUGGUGGUAAGGGAGUAUACUGUAUACGUACGUCUACAUAGAGCAAUCAUUCACUAUACAUCUGAAAUACAUCUAUCAGACUUACAUGCAGGGAUUUUGAGCAACUUUAUUUUAAUCAUGUAGAUAUUAGUCUUGUAGAGAUGUAUCGAGCUCAUCCGGGUUGAUAGGUCAGGGUAAAAUGGCCACCGUUGUUCUUGUUGUCAGUGGUGACACAGUUCAAGCGAAGCAGUGGUCCACCUCAAGUUGCCUCACGCUGUUAAUUCCAUCCGGAACUAUUGAGCUUUGACCACAGUGACUGACCACAGAGCAACAACUGACAAACUUAUUGGGAUAGUUCAACCCCACACCUAAGUCCUCCCUUUUCACAUCUCAAAAGAGGUCUAAUGUUGAGUUGAAUUCAUAUACCACAAGGUCUGUGGUGUAGAGCCUUGUAGAGAAAUUCGCAGGACUUAUGUUACAGACACACAGAGAAAUCGGACUGCAGAUAGGUACUUAGCACAGUAGAAGGCUGCAGUGGUGUGUCUAGAACAUGUUGAAUGGGUGGACAAGGUGGGGCACAGACCCAGUUUAGACGGGAAUAACAUUUACAACCUUAAUCGAUGUGCUUGCUCGUGCUCAAAAUUUUUUGGUGGGCUUCAUAGUAAAGACACUGUGCACCCGUCAUUUGAAUGGAAAGGGACAUUUACAAACACCAGAAGUGUGUAUUCAUGGAUGCCAAAAGAAGCCGGGCUUAUAGGACCUUUCCCGGUGUGGUCUUCCACCUUUUCAUCAGAAUUGUCCUAGCUAAAAGAAUAGAGCUGCAAAAUGCAUAUAUUUUUUUCUUGAGCAAUCUUGACAUCUUUUAUGUCUAGGAGUAUUGUGCUUGAAGAAAGAUUUUUAGUUGGGUUCAGUUUGAUAAUGUGCACCUGCUCAAUAGUUAGCGAGCUAGCUAACAUUAGCUUGCUAACUGAGCCAGGCAGUCACACACACUUCAUAUGAAACUAAUCGAGUUGGUAAGUACAUAUGGUGACAACAUUUAAAAUACGCAAAUGA